AUGUCAACAAAUAAAAAAAUAAAAACAGAUAAUAAUAAAAAAAUAUUUCAAGAUAUUAUUGAUUUUGAAAUUUUAAGAUCAAUAAUUAAUUAUUUAUUAAUCAGCAAAAAAAAUAAAAAUAAUAAUAAUAAUACUAAUGAAAUAUUAAAUUAUAUAUUAGUUUCAAAAAAGUGUAUUAUUAAUAAUAAAUUAUUUGAACAUUGGUUAAAAAUUAAUUAUAAUAAUAAAUCAUUUAUUGAAAAUUUUAAUAAUCAAAAUCAAUAUGAUAAAAAUAAUUUAAUUUCUAAAAACAAAAAAUAUAAACAAAAUAAAAUUAGUUUUAAUAAAGAGUUUUCAAUUAUAAAAAUCAAAGAAUCAAUAAUCAAUGAUUAUUUUAAAUUCAAUUUUUUUUUAGAUUAUAUUACAAUUGAUGAUUUUAAAGAAAUUAAAAAUAAAUUUGAAAAUAAUCAAUUACUUUAUAAUAGAAUUGUAGUUAAUGGUAGUUAUGAAGGGGAAGUUUUAUUUGGAAUACAUGAAUAUUUAUCAAAUGAAAAUUCAGGAGUUAUUUUAAAUUUAUUUAAAAUAUUAGAAUUAAAUCAUGCUUUUAAUUUAUAUUAUAAACCAAAAUCUGAAGAGAAGGAUGAGGAGGAUGGUCAUGAUGAUAAAGGUAAUAAGAAAUGUACUGAAAUAUAUUUAAAUAGUUUAUCAGUUUUUGGUUUUGAUGAAGGUGAGGGUGAAGUUCAAACAUUAAAGAUAUUCAAAGUUUUCAAAGGUAAAAAUUUAGUUUAUGAUGGAUCUGAAGAAGAUCCUGAUUUUCAAACACAUAUCAAUUACUCUGCAUUAUUUGAUCCAGAUAGCUCAGGUCAACAAGUUGAAUCGAUUCAAGUACAAAAUAAAUAUGAUAAUGAAGAGUCAGUCGAAGCACGUCAUUUAAUCAAAGUUAAUCAAUUUAAAAAUUUACAUUCAAUUAUAAUACCAAUUAAUUCAUUUCAAAUAUUAUCAAACUUAUCUAAAGAAAUGGGAUUUAUUAGUUCCCAUGGUUAUGAAGAAUAUUCAGGAAAUUCAGAAAAUAUGAAAUCAGAAUUAAAUCAAAUGAUCAAUUCAAUCGUUACAAGUAAAUCUUUAAAGAAUUUAAAAAUAACAUCUGUAAAUUCAAUAUAUUAUCCAAUUGAUUACAAAGCUUUUUAUGAUGGUGAUCUUGAAACCCUUACUAAUAAAGUAAAUGAAACUAUAGAAUCAUUUUCAAAUUCAUUUAAACCAUUAUUUUCAGAAUUAAAUACAUCAAUUGAAAGAAUUGAAUUUGAUUGUAUGGGUUUAUUAAAUAUCAAUACAUUUUCAAAUUUAUUAAAUAAUAAAUCAAUUAAAUAUUUAUAUUUAUAUAAUAGUGAUUUCAUUGUUUUUUCACCUAAAAAAAGAGGUGGUCCAUUUCAUAGAGAACCUAUUUCAAUUAAUCAAUAUUUAUUUGAUAAUAUAUUUUCAUCACCAUUAACAUCAAUUAGACAUUAUAAAAUUAAAUUCAUAAAAUCAAAUGAAUUAAAAUUCAUAUUUAAUUUAAUAUUAAAUAAUAUUUUUAAAUUACAAUUAUAUUCAUUAAUAUUUGAAUUCAAUGAAAACGAAUUAAUUGGUGAAUUUUUUAAAGAAUAUAAAAAUUUAAAAAAUAAUAUUUCAACACAACAACAAAAAUCAAAUAACAUAAAUUUAAAAGAAAUUAAAAUUAAAAUUAAAGAUGAUGAAUAUAUUCAAGAAUUAAAUAAUAUUAAUAUUCCAUAUUUCACCACAACAUUAAUAAAGAAAAUAACCUAA